UGUUAUCUUUUUACUGUCCGUCAUGCGUUGUUCCUCAAUAAACAAAACAAAAGUUUUGAAUAAACAUACUUUUGCUCCUCAAUAAGAUAGUAACGUUAAAAAUAAUAUUCAGAAAAAUGUUAUUAACGAUGUUUGCCUAGAAACCGGUUGUAAUUUUUAUUACCUGACGUAAUCAGUCCGUGACACCAUCGGCUUUAAUAAAAUGCAGGCUGCUUUCAACGAGAUUAAUUUCCCUUUUGAAUAAGGUUGAAAAUAAGCUGCGGACGCUUGUGGGUACUUUCAAAAGUGCUGUGCAAUUUCCUAUGUAACGGGAGUGAGUGGCAAUUAAUUAGUGGUAGUUAUUGGCUUGAAUCGGCGCCUCAGUUCAGCGAGACCGAUGCUGAUAUUGUGAUCUAUCCUUAAUUUUCGAAAUGAACGAUCCGUGGGACGUGAAAUCGGUGCGGCAGGCGGGCCAGUACAUGUCCUGUAUGAAGAUUAAUGGAGUUCCACUGCUGCCGCCCGUUUUAUCAAAAGAAUGCAGGAAAGAGAUGCAAUAUUAUAAACUGCUUGCAAAAGAAGUUGAAAAGCGCAUAUCUGUGCUCAAACCAUAUGUAAAUGAUAGUGAUUCAGAUUCCAGUGAUGAUAGAACUGAUGCCCCUGAAAUUCCAGAGUGUGAGCAGAGCUAUGAUUUGCCGCAAGAUGAGAUCCAAGCAGUUUAUGAUGUUAACUUAGGAAAAAUAAAAGAAACACCAUGUGAUAAAUAUUCAGAGCAAUCUAUUGUAGAUACUCGUAAAUCUCUUCCAAUAGUCAAUGAAUAUAAUAAUAAAAUUUCUGAUAUUGCAUCUUCAAAGUCACCUGAAAGUCAGUCUUUUAAUUCAAUUCCUGAACAUAUUAUUGCUGACCUAAGUCUAAACAUUAGUGAAACUAGUAAGAAUGGUCUAGAUAAAGUAACGAAAACACCACAAAAGGAAACACUAAUGGAUGUACCCGAAAGAGACUACAAUUUCCCUAAGAAACAAAUACAAAAAGAAUUGAUAACUGAUGUAGACACUCUGCAAGAUAAACGAAUACAAAAUAUUGUAGAUUUUAGUUUCUCUAUUGAUAAGGCUGUUUUGUCAGAUCCAUGUCCAAAUUACCCUUUAAAUCAAGAUGGGCCAUCGUCAUUGAGUUCUAAGAGCUUCACAGGGUCUCUGAAUGACUUACAUACUGACAGCAUGAAGGAUUCCCAAAAAGCACCAAACUUAGUACGACAAAGGUCAUACACAUUGCUAAAGCCCAGUCCACAAUUACUGGCUCAUCUAGAAGUGCAGUCACUUAACACAGGUGUUGAAAUGAGUUGCAUAUCAAUGAGCGAGUCCUUAUCAAACCUUAGCUCUCCAAGUAAAAAGAGGAGAAGCUGGGACCUUGAGUCUGCUAAAGUAAAAUGGUCAUCAAUGGCUGUAGAAUUGAAUAAGAAAAAUGUAGCCAAUUUAUCGAAAGUCAAUGGACUUAACAAAAGUCCAGUGAAUAGGACUAUAAAUAAGAAAGUACCUCAAGCUUCUCCACCACGUCCUAAAUCUCUAACCCAAGACAAACCACGACGCAACAGUGUAGCAACCAGAUCAUUGCCUAAGUCAGAACCUGUCCAGAAGGGAAUUAAGAGAUCUCAGAGUCCUGUUAGAAAUGCGUCUGCCAAUCACACCCCUGCUAAAGAACCCCCCGCACCUAAAUCUACCGUGCAAAAGAAAGAGAAUAUUCCUCCAAAACCUUUGAUCUCUGAGUCAGAAGAUCCGGCUACGCGGGUCAAAGAACUAUACGAAAAGAUACAAAAACAACAACUAAUCCAGAUGGCGAGUCUCGUGGAGAAGCAAAAGAGAGAACAAAUGCUUCUUCAGCAGGUAUUUGAGGAACAAAACAACUUGCUUUAUAAGCAAUUGAAAACUAUUUGCCCUAAAUCACCUAUCGAAGUAAAAGAAGCCUGGAAUGACAAAAGUGCUGUCGUCAUUGACCGCGGUCCCGUGAGCUUAAGUCAAUUGAUCAACACGAAAUCUCCAGAGCAGAGUGUGUACGAUAGUCCAGUAUCUUCUACUCUAACAGAGACCAAUAACUAUAUCAGUCACUGUGACGACGUAUUGAAACUGAGUAGAGACAUAACUAGUAGUAUUAAAAGUCAGCAAGUACAGUCGCGCACUCAGAAUGGUAGUCAGUCUUCGAGGCCUCAAACUGAUGGCAGCAGAACUAGAACUCACUCACCAUCCUCCAGGACAUCGCGAAAACUAAUUUACGACACGAGCGCGUCCUCUGAUCGCGAAUAUGACGCGAUUCUAACAGACCGAACGAACGAUACCUUAGCUGAUCUGAACGUCACUUUUCCUACUGACUGUACCGAUGACAGUAAUUCAUGUAAUGGAAUGGUAAUCAACCAUCUCUGCGGCGCAGAGUUGGCGAUGGUUCAUAAGAGUCCUGUCCCUACGAGUGUAAAUUGCAGGUCGUCAGACACUGCAAUGAGCUGCGUGGAGGACACUAUCCAAAAUAUGGGUCGACGGUCCAAACCUGUGAAAGAUUUUCAACCAACACCUCAACAGCGCGCCGCGGCCACUACUAUUGUGGCUUACGCUAAGGGGUAUUUGGUACGGCGCCUGAUGCGAACGGAGCGUGUGCAAUCAACGGUGCAGACUAUACGCGACGCGCUGGUCUGCGCGCUGCAGCUCCAUCAGGACAGGGAGGGCAUCAGGGGCGCCGAUGUAGACCUCCACAGGCGGCUUAUCCAGCAGAUCACGGCAGCGUGCUACUCCCUGCACGAGACGUUUGUAACGAGCACGUCGGCGGAGCGAUGCGCGGUGAUCGCAGGCGAUCGCACGCGUCGGCGGUCGGUCGCUGCGCGGAACACGCCACCGGUUCACAGGCACCACCGACAGCCGGACAUAAUGUCACAAAGCCACAGCGGUGUGUUUACAACGCGUGCAAAGCGCCCCGCGUCGGGCUCGCUCAUGACUCAAUCCAAUUAUGAAACGUUUAGCGGCGACAAGUGUGGGUCGGCCGCUCGCUCUCGCUAUAUGCCCAGCCCGCGGCGUCGCCCGUGGCGCUGACAGUCGCCGCCGCCGCCGCACCUACCCUACCCCUGCUUACCACGUUUCUUCGCUCACUGCUGGUACAAAUCUGACAUUUAAAGGUUUUAUUAGGCCGUUGUUAUACAGUCGGGUCGGACGUCAGGUUGUCAGAAUGCGAGUAAUGCUCCAAUCCAAUUGGCGGAUCUCUUAAGGACGUAGAAAUCUAGUGAAACUAACCGACUGUAUAUCAGCAGCCUUACUUAUUAAUACGCAGUGUUGAUAGCGUCAUAAAUCAUAGAUAUUCAAAUAUGUAUUGGUGUUUUUUUAUUUUACAAAGUUGUUUUUUUUUAGUUCAACUGAAAUGGUGCAUAUUUAAGUCACAAGAUUAAAUUAGUUAACGAAUUAUGAUUAUUAAAAUUGCUACUACCACUUUAAUUAUAAUUUACACUAAUAAUAUUUUAACACAGGAAGUGUCAAACUAAUACUGAAUUUGAAAAACGGAGACAGACUUUAUACAAAGUCAAAAAUAACUGUAAUAUGCAAUAAAUAUAGUAUUACUGCAGUAUCUAUUUAGACAACACUUUAACCGUCCCACUUACGAUGGUCGCCGGUUCAAUCCCCGCAAAAUAUAAACAUUUAUAUUUAUGACUAUUACAUAUUUACAUAAAAACAACUUUAUUUCUGUCAGUUGUAAUAUCAAGCUCUGUUUUGAUGGUGUUGCGUGAAUUGUCCAGGGUUACUUAUAUA